ACUGCCAAGAGGGGAAAGACGCCCGCGUGCUCUCAUAUGAGGUGUGCAAGAAAGUCUUUUGCUCUUUGCGGUGAGUUCGCUCUCUAUUGAAAAUGAAGACACUGUGCAUCGCUCUAGUUGUUCAGCUGCUUGCCGGAUACUCGAUCGCGCGUUAUCUCGAGGGCUUGAACGUUAAUCUAGGCGAGGCGCUUCAGUUUCUAAGAGAAUAUGAUCAGGAGGGAUCAACCGUUUGUAACAAACUCAUGACGGCACAAUGGAACUUUGCCACCAAUAUUACUGAUCAUAAUCGUCGAAAGAUGCUCGAAGAACAAACGAUGAAAUUGAAAUUUGAUCGAGCUUCUUGGCGCAAAACUGUGAGUUUCGCUUGGAGUCGUGUACCUGAUCCAUUGGCGAGGAGACAGCUUAAAUUAAUUGCAAUUAAGGGGCGCAACUCACUAACGGACGAUAAAUUCAAUGAAAUGCAUCACCUCAUCAUGGAAAUGAAAGAGUUGUACAACAGAGCAAGGCUAUGUCCUUACAGAAAAAUAGGAGUACCGUGUGAUCUAUCAUUUGACGAAGAUAUUGCUAGACUAAUGUCGCAAUCCAGAGAUUAUGAUGAGUUGCUGCAUUAUUGGCAAGCAUGGCACGAAGCUGUAGGACCGCCGCUUCGAAACAAGUAUAUCAGAUAUGUCCAAUUAGCUAAUCAAGCUGCAAAACUCAACGGUUUCGCUGACGCGGGCGAUCAAAUGCGUGAGAUCUACGAAGAUGAUUACUUUCAGCAAAACAUUGCCGAAGUAAUAUCAGCGAUAACACCUUUGUACAAGCAUCUGUUUACGUACGUGAGGAGUCGACUGAUCGAGAGAUACGGCGACAGGAUACGCAGCGAUGGGCCCCUGCCUGCACACGUUCUCGGCAAUAUGUGGGCACAGAACUGGGAAGGUAUUUUUAAUCUUGUGCAACCUUUCCCAGCGGUCAAGAGAUUCGACGUCACUCUCGAUAUGAUGAUUCAAGGCUACACUUCUCUCCGGAUGUUUCAAAUGGCAGAAGAAUUUUUCACGUCUAUGGGAAUGAAACCCAUGCAUCCUGAGUUCUGGAGAUAUUCAAUGUUUGAGAAACCGAUAGAUAGGGAUGUCAAAUGCAGUGCUAGUGCUUGGGAUUUUUGCAAUAGAAUGGACUUCAGAAUAAAACAAUGUACGAAAAUAACUACCGAAGAUUUGGUGUCUACGCAUCACGAAAUGACCCACAUUCAGUAUUAUUUGCAGUACAAAGACCAGCCGUUUAUCUUUCGAAGUGAAGCUUUACCCGGAUUCCAUGAGGCAGUGAGCAAUGCCAUAAGUUUAUCCGUUUUUAAUCCUCAACAUUUGCAUAGAAUCGGCCUCUACAACAAUUCUACAGAUGAUUACGAGAGUAACAUGAAUUUUCUCAUGCUGAUGGCUUUGCAAAAAGUAGCCUACUUGCCAUUUGCUUACAUUGUAGAUCAGUGGAGAUGGCGUGUGUUCAGCGAUGGUGUAGUCGACAUGACCACUCGAUGGUGGGAAUUGCGAUUACAGUAUCAAGGUAUACUUCCUCCUGUUCCUCGAACAGAAAGAGACUUUGAUCCUGCAUCAAAAUAUCACGUUCCGGCAGAUCUUCCUUAUUCCAAUUAUUUUGUAUCAGUAGUCCUGCAAUUUCAAUUGUUUGAAUCGCUUUGCGAUACUUCUGGUCACACGGGCGACCUACAUAACUGCGACCUAUACCGAUCGCGAGAAGCUGGGCGCUUAUUAUCGGAUAUACUGUCAUUGGGUUCUUCGAUGAGCUGGCCGAAUAUUAUCAGACAGAUGACGAGAGGCCGAACGAACCGAAUAGAUGCAGGUGCCAUGUUAAGAUAUUUUAAGCCGUUGACGGAAUUUCUAAGGCGACAUAACCAAAUGGAGCCUGUGAUCGGAUGGGUGACAAACCAGGAGGAUACAGAUCUUCCAUAUUCAUUUACAGCUUUGUUCGCCCAUUGGUAUCUCGGAGGUACCGCCAGUAUUACCUCCUUAACAGUGAUUUUACCAAUAAUACUACUUCUAACGCUUUACCGUAUUUUCUAA